AUGGUGGUGCUCGUAGGCAGUAAAUGCGAUCUCAGGCAAAGGCGACACGAUAAGUUCAUUAUGGAUCGAAUGAUGGCCGAGUAUAAUGCGUCGUAUGUGGAAACUUCUGCAAAGACAGGCUUCAACAUCAAUGAGCUUUUCUCCCUUGUUGCUCACCUGCCAUUCCCCAAGCACCGAAAAAGUCAGUCAGCACCAAUUCGGCUUUACUCAAUGGCAACAAAAUCUGCUUGGCGAUCACCGAACUGC